GCGUUACGUGCUCUGUUUCCUUCCACGAAUUUACUCUCACCCGCGGCGGCUGCACUAUAUAUUCUUCUACAUCGCCGACUUAAACAGAAAAUUUUCUGAUCAACAUUCUAAAAUUUCCUGAACAAAGAAAGAAUAGAAAUUCCAAUCCGAAUCGCAAUUCCGAUUCCAGUUUCAAUUCAGAUUCCAACUUGCCCUUCUUCUGAUUAUAACUAUUUUGAUCUCUCUGUUGAAGAAUCUGAUUCUUUGGUAAAUGUAAAGAUGGUGGCUGAAGCUGAGGUUGUUGUUUGUUCGAAGAGUCUCCCGGGUUUGGAGGUUCCGUAUUUUGGUAAAGAGACUUGUGUUGUUGAUGAAAUUGAAUCCAUCGAUGGUGGGAUUUCGAUUGAUCCGACUCUUGAUCGUGUUCGUGCUUCCGAUUCUGUUUGUUCCAGUUCUCGAUCGGAUAUUAAACCCAUGAAGAAAAUUCCAGAUUCCGACGUCGAUACGGCGAACGGAAGUGAAUUUCCGAGUCUCCGGUCGGGGAGUUUUGCUGAUAUUGGACCUAGGAGAUAUAUGGAAGAUGAACACAUAAGGAUAGAUGAUUUGUCUUCACAUUUGGGAUCGCUCUUUAAGUUUCCUAAGCCAAGUGCUUUCUAUGGGGUGUUUGAUGGACAUGGAGGUCCUGAAGCAGCAGCUUAUAUCAGAAAGAAUGUUCUUAGACUCUUCUUUGAGGAUGUUAGUUUUCCUCAAAUUCCAGAUAUCGAUGAAGUUUUGCCGGAGGAGAUAGAAACUUGCCUCCGGAAAGCUUUUCUUCUAGCUGAUCGAGCUCUGGCUGAGGAUUCCAGUGUCAGUAGUUCGUCCGGGACAACGGCCCUGACAGCUCUUGUUCUUGGAAGGCAUUUAAUGGUGGCGAAUGCUGGAGAUUGCCGCGCUGUUCUCAGCCGGAAUGGGGAAGCAGUAGAUAUGUCUCAAGACCACCGGCCGGUUUAUUCUCCAGAGAAGCAACGAGUAGAAGAGUUGGGUGGCUUUGUUGAUGGUGGCUAUCUCAACGGCGUUUUAUCAGUUUCCAGGGCCUUAGGGGAUUGGGACAUGAAGCUCCCUGAUGGUUCUCCUUCACCUCUCAUUGCAGAACCAGAAUGCAGGCAGGUGGCUCUUACAGAAGAGGAUGAGUUCUUGAUCAUAGCCUGUGAUGGGAUUUGGGACGUGAUGUCGAGCCAGCAAGCAGUCAAUGUAGUUCGACAGGGGCUUCAACGUCACGACAACCCUGAGCGGUGUGCUCGAGACCUCGUCCUGCAGGCUUUGCGUUUGGACUCAUUCGAUAACCUCACCGUUGUUGUUGUUUGCUUCUCCAGUUUCCAUCCCGGCAAUUCUCCGCUACCACAGCAGCGGAAGUUAAGAUACUGCAGUCUCUCUGCACAGGCUCUCUGUAGCUUGCAAAGAUGGUUGGAUAACAGUGGAUGCCAAUGAGUGUAAUUGCUUCCUGUAAAAACUCAUUUGUAACAAACAGAUUGAAAGAGUUCAGCAACUGCAAUUCCUUUUAUUUUGAUGUAAAUAAUUUUCUGAGAUAUCAACUCUUCUUCAGAUUGCAGAUUAUGAACAUAUAUCAAUAAAUUAGCUGGGCUCAGCGUAUUUUUGUA